CAUAGCUGACGUGGCUGCCUCCUUACUCCUUGCGUAUUUAAAAAUCACCGGUGGUCUAUCAGAGUUCCCUCAGCAGGCUAUCAUGAUUGUCCAAUCAGUUGUUCAGGUCAAUUUUCUAGGUUCUUAUGGUUCAGAAAUGCCAUAGCAUAUUCAUUGUAGGCCAUUUUGGAUAAUCCUAGCGUCAUGGCAUGUUUGCCUUCCUUCUUUAGCUGGGAAUUAGCAAAUUAUUUCAUGCCUUUCGUGGCUUGUCCUUGCUUGAUUUAUACGCUUAUUAAGUAUCAUAUCUGUAUUCUUAAUCAUUCUUACUACUGCUGAUACUCAUUUAUCUCCAAAAAAAACUAGUAAUACUACUUGCCCUCUUUGAUUUUGCUCUUGCAUUUGGUGUAAUCGUUAAGAUUUAUGUUAAAAAUAUGAUAGUGCAAGCUAUAUUAACCUUGAUGCGUUGGGCAUAUUCUUAGAUGGGAUAUAAUUGCUGAGAGAUUGGGUUUCAUGCUGGUGUUUGGAGAUCUAGUUUGGAUACCAUUCACCUUCAGUAUCCAGGGCUGGUGGCUUCUGAGCAAUAGGGUGGACCUAACGAUGGCUGCUGUCAUUGCAAAUUGUCUUGUAUUUCUGAUUGGCUAUUGCGUAUUUAGAGGAGCUAACAAGCAGAAACAUGAUUUCAAAAAGAAUUCCAAAGCACUGAUUUGGGGUAGGCCUCCAAAAGUAAUCGGUGGAAAGUUGCUUGCUUCUGGUUAUUGGUAAGUUUUUGCAUGAUAUUUUUAGUGGUCAUUUUGUCUUUUUAAUAAACUCAAUCUCUUUAAGUGACAUGAAUACGAGUUUGUAUACUUUAUAUAGAUGACAGAAUUGAUAUUAUCUAGAAAGUUUUCCAGCUCAAAAAAACAUUCUAUCCUUGUAUCUCAAGUGAAAUGACAUUUGUAUAUUUUCUAUAUUUUCUUGAAAUGACAUUUCCUAGCACUCUUGGUUUGCAAGAAAAUAUAUUUUUCUUUUAUUUUGGAGGGGAUGGUGAUGGUAUAGGUGCUAAGGCAAGGGAGGGAGGGACAAUUAUACCGUUACUGACAUGUUUGGUAAGAUGGAUUAGACAACACUGUAUAACUAUUAAGCAACAGAAGGAAAUUAAAAAUAUAUAUGUUGUAUUCUAC